AAGAAGCCAGAGAAGAACUCAAGAAAGCUGUUAAAGGCAAUUCGUCUUCAGUCCAUUAGCGCGUCUCUUAUCGCCAAGUGGUGGUGUCUCUUAUGUCCUUUCUCCAGCUUCCAAGUGUCGCGUCCGCGCUCUUGAUACAAGAUUCCAUGUGACAUUCUUUGAAUUGAGCCUGUUUUGGCGAAGAGUGAAUGAGAACCUCCACCAAGGAAAUUUCAAACCCGUAGGCUUUGGAUACCUUUUUUUGGAAUCGGGAAGUUACCUUUAUCAUUAUUAUAACCUUGCGUGAGUGUUUUACUUCCCUCUUUGAUACUUUCCCAGACGCUUUUUCAUUCUACUUCAAUAAUCUACCACACAAAUCUCCGUAGUUUUCUUGUACACUGAAGUAAACAAAGGAAGGUCGAAUUUAAUUGAAGAUAGACUUGUAACAGCAAACAAUCAAUAGCUCAUUGAAGAAAGGUCAGUUGAAAGAAGAUAACAUACAAUACUCCAUUGCUCUUUAGAUAGAUUUCAAAAACAUAAUUAAUUGCUGGACACGAAUAGAAAGAAGACUGCGACACUCACUAACUAAUCUGGUAUAACGGUGCGACAAAUACCCAGAGACUGUAUUUGAAGACUCCAAGGACCCAGUUCCAGUUCGUCAGCCAUGGAAAGCAUCAUUUUCCCCCUGGAACGCCAUGAUUUUUCAUGGCUUAUGGUGAACCAUUCCAGAACGACAAACACGUCCAGCAACUUCCCCUUCUUCUCGCCGUCUGCGCCUUUUCAAGAUGGUCUGCAGAUUAAAACCGAAGAAUCUGGAACGCUCUUCAAUUUGACCCUCCAGGACCUUCCCUUAGGGUUCCUCUCCCUCGUAGUCAUACGGAACCUUUAUAAAGACAUACACUUCCAGUUCCCAAGUAAAAAUGCCGUUUUUGAAAACUGGAACUUGAAAAUUUUAUUCGUCCUAACAAAUUUGAUCAAGACGAUCACCGGGGCUCUUUUAUUAGCGAUAUCGUUGCCAAUUGCGCUUCCAGUCACGUUUCUCUUUUGGCUUCUGUCAACUCUCGUCCAAACGAUCUAUACCUUCCAGUUUGGAGGUUCCGUAUCCAAAGCCCAGGGAAUGGACGGCCUCUGGGGCCUGGAAACCAAAGAGAGCCGCCCCUUCAUACUCGUUUGUCUGCGCCUGGCUGGAAUUCCAGACGCGAGGAAAAUUAGCCACCACAUUGCUUCCAGGAUUUUAGAUGCGCGAGACGCUACGGGUGACUACAGGUUCAAGAAAUUCCGCCAGACGUUCUCCCAGCUCUAUGGCUACUACAUCUGGAAAGAGGCCGGAGAUUUCGACGUCGCAGAUCACAUCAGGCUCGUCGACCUUCAGGAAUAUUAUUGGGGGACGCCAAAAGAAGCAGAUCACGGUGGCAGCGGCGUCGUGGAGGAGGAAUCUGUAGAGGAGGAACCGGUAGAAGUGGCUGACACCUUGCUAAACAGAUUCCUGAGUGAGGAAGGAAUGACGCCUCUUUCCAGCGCUCGUCCCCCGUGGCAGGUCAUACUGCUCACGAGGGGAGACGGAAGUUACAACGUCGUCAUCAAAGUCCAUCACGCCAUCGGCGACGGGAUCUCGCUUAUGCGAGUGUGUGUGGAGACAUUGGUUGAUACGCCCCUCGGCCCCCUGGUGGUGAACCCAAGGAAGGAGAACGCCUUCUUCAGGGCUGCACUAGGCCUAUGGUCUGCCUUGCUACUGCCUCUCGGUCUCAUCCAGUUAGUUGCAAACUUCGACAGCAACAGCAUGCAUGGAUGCCAGUUGUCUGGAAAAAAGGUCAUAGCCUGCUCGCGCGGGAUUCCACUGGCGGUUCUGAAGAGCAUCAAACUGGCAGCUGGUUCUACAGUGAACGACGUCCUCAUGUCUUGUCUGUCAGCCUCUCUGUCGAAGCAUUUCUCCCGCAGGUCAGAGGUCAUCGACCAGGUGACAGCUGUGGUUCCAGUCAGCUUCCACGACCUGAGCGCCCCUCUAGUGGUCUCCAAUCAGUUCUCCUGUGCCACAGUCAAGCUUCCAGUCUCUCAAGAACACACAGCCGAAGAGAGGCUGAGAGCGAUGAAGAGUUUGCUGGACGGUAUGAAACGAGACCCAACCCUAUUGGCAGUCUUCAGCAUGAUGAGGGCCGUGAGUGAAGUUCUUCCAGCUCGAGUGGCCGAACUUCUCCUGAGUGGGGGAGGUAUCACUUUAGCCGCUAGUAAUGUUCCAGGUCCUCAGCAAGAGAUCACGGUUUGGGGAGACAAGGUUGAAGAUCUGCUCUUCUGGGUACCCAACAGAGCCCCUGUUGGCGUGGGAUUCUCGUUCGCAAGUUAUAUGGGUUUCGUCAACAUCGGUCUCAACGUAGAUGCCAACAUUGUCAGCUCAGUGGAAGAGGCUCAGCAGCUACUUGACGGAAUAGAGGCUGAAGUGUACCACUUACAUCAAAAGUAUGCGAAGAAUAAGUAAUAUUCUCCCCGAACUACAGCUCUGGAUCAGCUCCUGGACUAAAUAUCAGAAAAACAAAGAAUAUAAGUAAACAAAUCGAGAUUUUCAGGAUCCAAAGACGUGAAUUAGACCGCAAAAGACAAAACUUAAAGAAUUUUUCCCUGAAAGUCUAUUUAGAUCAAAUGACAGUUACUGGAGACGAAAAAAUAUCAAACUACCAAAGGAUAUGAGUAAAUAAAUUAAGAUUUUGCCGGUUCAGAGAUGUGAACUAGACCGUAAAAGACAAAACUUGAAGAAUUCUUCCCUGAAAGUCUAUUUAGAUCAAAUGACAGUUACUGGAGACGAAA